AUGUCUGGAUCCUACUGCAAAACUUUGUAUCCGUUCAAUGGACAGCAGCACCAGCAAGGACUGAGUUUUGAUGCCGGGGAGAUGAUCAAAGUGGUGCAGCCCCUGCCUGGAGGCUGGUGGGAAGGGGAGAAAGACGGAGCCCGUGGAUGGUUUCCUUCGAGUUACGUCCAGGUGUUGGAGCGAACAGCUUCACUAAGUCAGCUUCCAAUGGAGGACCUAAGAGACCCUCUUCCGCCUCAGUGGAAAUGCUACAUGUCUCCACAGGGGCGGCAAUACUACGUCAACACCACAACCAAUGAGACAACAUGGGAGAGACCCUCCAGCGCUCCUGGGACUCCAAAAUCCUCCCAGCGUCACAAGAACUUUCCUCCUACAGUGAACGGCUUCCAUUUUAGUGGGAGUCCCUCGCACCAUCCGGAGCCUCCACACAACAGUAUAGGCCGGAAAAACAGUACUGAUCCACAGAGCCCAGGACCAUCAACGCCCACCAGGAAACAGAACAAGGAGACCACAGUAACGAUUAAUUGUGUGACAUUUCCUUCGCCGGCCUCCAUGUCGGAACAACAGCUGCUUAAACCAAACGAAUGGAGUUACUGUGACUACUUCUGGACUGAUAAGAAGGACCCCCAGGCCAACAACUACAUUACCGGGUUUGAAGUCUUAUUGCAGAAACAGCUGAAAGGAAAACAAAUGCAGAAAGAAAUGGCGGAAUUUGUCCGCGAGAGGAUAAAAAUAGAGGAGGAAUACUCCAAGAAUCUGUCCAAGCUUUCCCAGAUCCCUCUAGGAAGUCAGGAGGAAGGGACGCUGGGGGAGGCUUGGGCCCAGUUGAAGAAGAGUCUGGCUGAUGAAGCGGAGGUUCACCUGAAGUUCUCCUCGAAACUCCAGAGUGAAGUGGAGAAACCGUUGCUGAGCUUCAGGGAGAACUUUAAAAAGGACAUGAAGCGGUUCGACCACCAUAUCGCAGACUUACGCAAGCAGCUCGUCGGUCGCUAUGCUUCGGUGGAAAAGGCUCGUAAAGCUUUGGCCGACAGACAGAAGGAGUUGGAGUUGAAAACUCAGCAGCUGGAGAGCAAACUCAACACUAAAGCUGAAGAAGACAUCAAGAAAGCCCGAAGGAAAUCCACUCAAGCAGGAGAUGAGCUAAUGCGCUGUGUGGACUUAUACAACCAGUCACAGUCCAAAUGGUUUGAGGAGAUGGUUACCACCAGUCUGGAGUUGGAGCGGUUGGAGUUGGAGCGAGUGGAAAUGAUCCGGCAGCACUUGUGUCAGUACACCACAUUACGACACGAGACGGACAUGUUCAACCAAAGUACGAUGGAGCCGGUUGACCAGCUGCUACAGUGCGUGGACCCCACCAAAGACAGAGAGCGGUGGGUGCAAGAAAAUAAGACUGGAGAAAUCAGGCCGGUGGACAUAGAGAUAUAA